AUGCGUCGUGUUCCUCGACCUCCAGCUCUCAGGACACACCCGCGCGGUUCACCCGCCUGCGUCGUGCUCCUCGACCUCCAGCUCUCAGGACACACAUGCGCGGAUCAUCACUAUGCAUUGCUGCAACGAGAGACUGAAAAACUUCGAGUUGAUAUCGAGAAAAUGCGUAGUGAACUUAGGUCUGAUAUGAAAUCGACAAGGUGCAUAUUUGACGAGUUACGUGACGAGUUAGCGAAACAAAGGGCAGAAACCACAGAACUUAUUACCAAACUCGACAGGGAAAUCCUUGCAUUAAGGGCACAGUUAGACGCAGCAAAACACGAUGCCAUAAAGUUGUGCAUUGGUAUUCUUGUUUCUAUGUCGUUCAAAGCAGCAGCCUUUCUUCGACGGUUUCUCUAA